ACACGUAUUAUGUCAAACGACGAAAUCGAAAAUGUAUCGCGUGUAUUGCAGAUUUGUUACGGAAAGCAUGAAACUUUUGUUUUAGUUUAAUAAAUAGUUCCUAAGACAAAUAAUUCAAAAUGAUAACCUACUCGGCGAGUUUGUGUUUAAUGUUAGUAUUUUCUUUAGUGCUAUUAGUUCUUGCCGGUCGCGAUUAUUACCAAAUUCUUGGUGUGUCACGUUCAGCUACCACCAAUGAAAUCAAAAAAGCUUACAGAAAGUUAGCAAAGGAAUUGCAUCCUGAUAAGAAUCAAGGCGAUCCCGAUGCAUCUCAGAAGUUCCAAGACCUCGGAGCAGCGUACGAAGCUUUGGCGGAUUCCGAGAAGAGAGAACUUUACGACAGGUGCGGCGAAGAUUGCCUGAAGAAAGAUGGCAUGAUGAAUAAUAAUGAUCCUUUCGCGAGCUUCUUUGGUGACUUUGGCUUCCAAUUCGGCGGUGAGCCGCAGCACCACGAGACCCCGCGAGGGGCGGAUAUCGUUAUGGAAGUUGUUGUUUCGUUAGAAGAAUUAUACAAUGGAAACUUUAUUGAAAUGACACGCAACAAACCUGUCAUCAAACCUGCACCUGGCACACGUAAGUGUAACUGCAGACAAGAGAUGGUAACCCGGAACCUUGGCCCAGGUCGCUUUCAAAUGAUGCAACAAACUGUGUGUGAUGAGUGUCCUAAUGUAAAACUAGUCAAUGAAGAGAGGCUGCUUGAGAUAGAGGUUGAAGUUGGUGCUCCAGAUAAUCACAAAUUUAGAUUAAGAGGUGAAGGUGAACCCCACAUGGACGGAGACCCUGGUGACUUGGUGUUUGUGUUCAAAACUGAGAGGCACCCUCAAUACACUCGAAAAGGAGAUGAUUUAUACACAAAUGUUACAAUCUCAUUACAGGAUGCGUUGAUUGGUUUCACACUGGAGUUAGUGCAUCUCGAUGGGCACAAGGUAACAGUAUCUCGCGACAAGGUGACGUGGGCGGGAGCCAGAGUUCGCAAGAAGGGUGAAGGCAUGCCCAACUUUGAGAACAACAAUCUGCAUGGAAAUCUCUAUGUAACUUUUGACAUUGAGUUCCCAAAGAAAGAGUUCAGUGAUGAUGAAAAAGAAGCAUUGAAGAAAAUAUUAGAACAGUCACCAAAUAAUAAGGUAUAUAAUGGACUAUAGUCAGUGGUACUGACAGCCAGUUAUUUAUUUAAGUAGUGAAUUGAGUGUUUCAGUGUGAACAAAUUGUAUGUGGUAAUGAUUUGAGUUGUUUGCGAUAUAUCAAAUUUCGUGAAACGGAAUAAAAUGCACUUAUUACUAUAAUAAUAAAUGUUAUUGUAUAAUUCGUACCAAUGCAUAAAUAUUAAAAUAAAACAUUUGAUUUUUGUUACAACAUCUGUAUAAUUUGAAAUAAUUCUGUGAUCUUACAAUAGAGAAACAGCCUUUCAAUUAUAAUUUACAAAUAAUAA